AUGGGUACUCUGUUUAGGCGAGGAACCAGAGCCAUGAACGAUCUUGUUGUUGCUCAUAUUGAAGAGGAUGUUAAAGAAGACCAUUUCAUGCUAUUCUUAAGAACCCUUCACCGGUCUGGUCUCACUGCCAGAGCUGAUAUUGUGUUAGUUUUUCAUGAUUCUUCCAGAUUUGGAGAUAUUAUUCGAGAAGAGAACGACUCGUUCUUGAAACUCGUUCGAAAUUACAUGCAAUUGAAAGGGGCGGCGAGUCGGAAUUCUAGUUUUGAUUUGAAUCAGUUUGUGAAGAAUGGGAAGAAAGAAAUGGGAGAGCCUUUGUGGGGGAAGAGAAUUCGAAGCAAUUACAGUGAAGCAGGGGAGGAGGAAGAUGAGUUCUCCGGGUUGAGUUACGGGUCGGUAGUGGCUUUCGAAUCGGGUGAGCUUGACCCUGAAAAUUCUCUUUCCGGGUUCCUAGAUCACGUUCCGAUGGGUUUGAGGAGAUGGGCUUGUUAUCGAAUGCUACUGGGACGAGUCCGGCAUAAUUUCAAGCAUGUAAUACUAGUAGACGUGAAAAGCUCGGUGAUUCUCAGUGACCCACUCGUCCGAGUUACGAACCGGAGCCCCGAAUCAGUAUAUAUCACAACCAAGCAAGAGAGUAAGCACGGAAACUCGGACAAAACUCAGUCUCAUUAUCCAGUCAAUCCAGCAAUUCUGAUGGGUGGAACUCGGGGCAUCCGGCGAUUAUCAAAUGCGAUGUUGACAGAAAUCGUUCGAGCGGCCAUGCAGCACAAGAAGAAGAACUCCGUUUCCGAGUCGGGAAUUCUGAGUCAACUCAUCAGUAAAGACUAUAUCUUGAAGGAUGUUAACUUGAUCAAGCCAACCGAGUCAAUCCCGGAAGCGAGUUCACUCACUGGGUUAACUCCUCGGGCAUUGUCGGAUUACCCUAUAAUUCAAAGUGAUAAUAUUAAAUCUAUUAUUAGGAAAUUAAUUUGUUCAUGUGAGGUGGAUUCUUCUGUGUAUAGGGAUUGCUAG